AUGACUUUGACCGAAACUCGUGGUUUUCGUCGAAUCAGUCAUACUAUAAAUCCAGUAUGUGUUAGCUCAUCUUUUCUUGGCGGUCCAUCAUCGAAAACGAUGAUACCUAUGGCUGGUGGAGCAACUAUUCAACCGAUAUUUCCAGAAAAUCAUCCACAACCAUCAACAGGUUUAGCAGCUUUAGCUAAUUCUGCUCAUUGGAAAAUUGAGCGUAUAGUAGCUUUAGCCAUGCUUGCUGUCAUACCAGGUUCAUUUGUUUGUGAUUCGGUGUUUAUGAAUUAUUUGUUGGCGGCUUCACUUGCCAUUCAUGCACAUUGGGGAAUGGAUUCAGUAUUAAUUGAUUAUUGUCCCAGAAAUGCAUUACCUUUAGCGAAUAUCAUUCGAUAUGUACUUACAUUGAUGGCGUUUGUUGGGCUUUGUUAUUUUAACUACAAUGACAUGGGUGUAACAAAAGCACUGAAAGCACUAUGGUCUAUGUAUUGA